CAGUUCGAACUUCGAACGUCGAAAUGAUACCACGUCUGCUCCUCAUUUCGAAUCCUGGCGACAUGUUGCUUCUCAUUUCCAGUCCCAUGGCAAGACUGGGUUUGGAGACCGUGAUGGACUAUUGGAGUCUCGCUGCCAACGUAUCCGUGUGGUUGCCAUUCAAACUUUGUCCAGGAUUGAUGAUCUGAUCAAAGCGAAUGUAACUCUGUGGCCAGUCUGUCAGACCACUUGAAUAAUCCUCGUCGAUAAUUGACGCUUUUGAUUUUGGUAUUUGACGCUUUUCUCAUACACAACAGCCAGGCCUGGGGAGCGAUCUGAGGGGCCCCUUACGCGGCCUCAAGCUCCCAAACCCCCAACAGCGGUACCGUAUCGGUCGCGGACACCUCGUCGUUAGUCCAGUUAGGAUAACUUUGUUGUUGAUGUUAGCAAAGCCAUGACCCGAGGGACGAGGGGAGCAAGGCUGCGCAGUUGUUUGGUGAGCUCGUAGCAAAAAGCGCCAAAUACGAAAAUCGAAAGCGUCAAUUAUCUGCAGGGUUGAAUGAUGAGUCAAAUACAUACCGCACUGCUCGGCACAUACGAGCAUCGGCGCUGGCAUAUCAG